UUGGCCGGUAGCACGUCGCUAUCCCUUCGAGAAUUAGCCGCUCAACAAUCAGUGGUGUCUCAACGUGUCUAUAUUAAACACGCUGUACAACGCUAAUUAUCAUUCUGUCUUUUAAUCUAUCGCAUCGUUAUUUCGUUCGGAUAAGAUGACGAGCAAGAUUCAAACAAGUACACCAAUCAGUUUCCCCAAAUCGGGGAAUAAUUCUGAGAGAAAUUCAUGGCUGAAUCAGGAUGUAACACAGCAGCUUUAUCGCAAUACUUGGAAUAAAUUUAAAAGCCCGGAGAAGGCGUCGUCGCCUUGGGAUGCAAUUGAGGGACCGAAAUUCGUGGAUUUCGAGGACGCACCCGGUGAACCUCGUGAUUCAUAUUUCGACAGGAGGCAGUCUGAUUGCCCAUCGCCACAGAGGAAAGAGCAGAUGGUGUUGCCAACGUCUGAUGAGACCAUGGAAAUUGUGAGCUCCUUCAAGUCUUGUUCUAUAUCAGCCAUUGUGGAGACCAAUAGUGAGGUUGAAGAUGCAACUUUGAUCGCGGAUGAGACUCUCAAUGAGAACGAUCACUUUCAGUCUCUUGAAGCAAUGCAAGAGAGUUUCGACGUUGAUAAAUCGAAGUCUGAUCGCCGGAUGUCCAUCGUGAAACCCUUCAGUUUUGAGCUUCGCGAGAAAGAGAAUCAACAGAGAAGAGAAUCUCGUCGGGCAUACUAUAAGAUGUUGACUGAGAGGAUGUCUUUUCAUUCCUUCAAAGCCAGACCGGCGCCAAAAAUCCAUCAACGUUCUACUACAGUCGUCAACACCACUGAGACUGAAGUUAAGCUCGAGACUACACCAAGGAGAAUAAUCCGUGUACCGAGGAAGACAGACGUUAAUGCAAAUAAAGCUGACGAGAAGAUUGAAAAGCCCAAAACAACAGUGCGGGCUCCAAAGCUGGAGAAACCGAGUGGAAAUCUCUCUCUGCAGAAAGCUAAAGGUGCCACGGCUUUGGUUCAACCCCAACAGGCAGCUGCAACUGGGUGCAAUCCAUUUACGGUUCAGUCGAGAGCAAAGAGUGUAACUACUUUGGCCCAGCCUCGACAGACACCUGCAACUGCCUCCAAUCCAUUCGUAGUCCAGCCAAAAGCUAAAAGUGCAACAUCCCAUUCGUCUCCACAUAAAGUUAAACCCGCAUCCAAUCCAUUACCAUCGCAUUUAAAAACUAAGAGUACUCUUCAGCCUCAGCAUGCAGGGAAAACUUCAUCGAAUCCAUUCUCACUGCAAACGAAAGCUAAGAAUGCAACAAAUCCGUUCCAAUGGCAAAAAUCAAAGGACACACCUUCCAAUGUUCAUGUGAUUAGGAUUAAGAAGCCAACUGGACAUUCCGGUGAUGUCCAAGACGGGGGAAAUUCUGCACUUCAUUCAGUUCAGAGUAAGAAGCAGAAGCCGUUCCAAGUGUCUCUUCCACACCGUAAAAUUGAAAUCCCAAAGGGGCCUGAACUGAUGACUGCUAAACGUGCACGUGAACGACAGCAAUUCGAGGAGAAAAUGAGGGAGAGAGAACGUCAGAAAGAAGAAAUUAAGAAAAUGGAAGCAGCGGCUCAGCAAGCUCGAGAGCAGGAGGAAUAUGCUCGUUUACGCAAGCAAACUGUAUUCAAGGCUAGACCUGUUCCGAACUUCAAGAAUGUCUUACCUCCAGUGCAGAAACGUCCACUCACUGAGCCAAUGAUGCCUAUCUUCGUAAAACGCCGUCGUUGUCGUUGAUUCAGGCAGCAAUACGAAGACCAGGGAAUGAUACUAGUGAUAAACAGUCUAUGUAAAUCUGCAAUAUUCUAGUGUACGUAUUAAUCGAAUCCAUCUGAGAGUAACUAAAUGAGAGGAUCAUUUCAUCGCGAGCAGUUUCAAUGCAAAUAACGUUGCUGAAGUUAUAAUCUUCAUGUUAAGUAGUGUUAACGGACGAUACAGUUUUCAACUGUCAUCAAAAUAAAUGUUUUUUUUUAGUUUA